AUGACUACGGAGGUGCGUGACUUGCUGAAGGCACGGAACGCCGCUUACAAAUCUGGUGACGUGGUGGCUCUGAGAUCAGCAAGAGCCAACCUGGACCGUGCCAUCAGAGAAGCUAAGCACACCCAUGGUCAAAAAAUCCAGAAUUUCUUUAAUGACGCCAUGAAUACCAGGCGCAUGUGGCAGGGAAUUCAGACCAUCACUGGAUACAAGGCUGCUCCACCACCCUCUGAUGUCCAGAGGACGCUGAAGAAAGUUAACCCCCGGAAGGCGGCGGGCCCGGACAGUAUUCCAGGACGGCUGCUCAGGGACUGUGCCGACCAGCUGGCCCAUGUCCUCACGGACAUCUUCAACACCUCAAUCUGGUUUAGGCCAGCAGAGAAGGCCUUGCUGGCCCUGACGGCCCACAACUGGCUGCAGGGCAUUCAACACGAUGUGCCGGUGGCUUUGGGGACCCCUAACCCGCCUCCAGCUCCAGCUCCAUCUCCAGCCAAGGAGGAGAAGCCAGCCGAUAAGGAGAAUGAGGCCAAGAAAGAGGACAAACCGCAGGCUCCUGCCCCAGCCCCAGCUCCAGCACCUAUAGCAGCUCCAGCAGCUCCUGCACCAGCAGCUCCUGCACCAGCAGCUCCUGCACCAGCAGCUCCAGCAGCUCCUGCACCAGCAGCUCCUGCACCAGCAGCUCCUGCACCAGCAGCUCCAGCAGCUCCUGCACCAGCAGCUCCUGCACCAGCAGCUCCUGCACCAGCAGCUCCAGCCCCUGCACCAGCUCCUACAGCAGCUCCAGCUAACCCUGAUCAAGCUGGACCGGAGGGAGAAGAGGUGGCCCCUCCUCCAACUCCACCCAUCGUCAUCAACAAGUAUUCAGACGAGCAGCUCAGAUUCAUAGCCAAACGCAUGAGAGAGAGACUGCAGAUCUACAAGGAGAAAGUGGUCGAUCAGUAUGCUUCGUCCCCAGAGAUCAGCCCUCCUGUCACACCUGUGCUGCUCAAAGACAACUACACAAAACUCAUAGAGGAGAGGAAAAGGCAAGCCGAGGAGGACCGGAUAAAGAAGGAAGAAGCGGAUAAGAAGAAGAAAGAGGAGCAGGAGAAGAAGAAAAAGGAGGCAGAGGAGAAGAAGAAAGAGGAGGAGGAGAAGAAAAAGAAAGCAGAGGCUGAAGAAAAGAAACAGGAGAAGGACAUAAAGACCAAGUUAAUAGAAGCUGCCUGGAUUUCGGUGGACGUUGUGCUGAAGCCAUUCGAAGACCAGAUGGACUCUGUGCUGGGUAUUACCAUCGACCCCUUUACGGACCGUCGCUACAUCGCCUGGCUGAGCAUAGUGACUCUGGCCUUCAACUACAACACCUGGUUCGUUACGGUCCGCCUGUGUUUCCCGUACCACAGCGAGAGCGCCAUUCCUUACUGGUUCACCCUCGAUUUGCUGGCCGACAUCAUCUACCUCACAGACUCCAUCCUUUUCCAGCCCCGCAAACAGUUUGUUAAAGGAGGCGACAUCAUAAAAGACAGAAUGGUGACAAAGAACCACUACAGAGAAUCGGAGAGAUUCAUGAUUGACAUGCUGUGCCUCCUGCCAUUCGAUUUGCUGUAUUUCCGGUUUGGAUUCAGAUCCAUUUUCAGAGCCAAUCGUCUGCUGAAGGCAGAUACAUUUUUUGAGUUCAGCGAUCGUCUAGAGAGCCUCAUGGCCAAAGCUUACAUCUGGAGAGUGAUUCGGACCAUCGGAUAUCUUCUCUUCAUGCUCCACCUCAACGCCUGCUUCUACUAUGUGGCUUCAGCCUACCAGGGCAUCGGGGGAACUAAAUGGGUCUAUUCCGGUCUGGGCAGCGCGUACCUGCGUUGUUACUACUAUGCAGUCCGCAGUCUGAUCAACAUCGGGGGUCUUCCAGAGCCUGUUACCGUCUUUGAGAUUACCUUUCAGUUGUGCAACUUUUUCAUCGGCGUCUUUGUGUUCUCCAGUUUGAUUGGACAGAUGAGAGAUGUCAUUGGUGCAGCCACAGCAGGACAGACCUACUUCCGAUCCUCAAUGGACGGCACCGUGGCCUACAUGGUGACCAACCACAUCCCCCUUAUGGUGCAGAACCGAGUCCGGACCUGGUUCACCUACACCUGGGACGCUCAGGGCAUGCUGGAUGAGUCUGACCUGCUGGAUAGCAUGCCUCUGGUGAUGAGAACUGCCAUCGCUAUUGACAUCAACCUGACCACCUUUCAGAAGAUUGAUCUUUUCAAGGGCUGCGACCAGCAGAUGUUGGUGGACAUGUUACUGAGACUCAAGUCUAUCGUCUAUUUACCCGGAGACUUUGUUGUGAAGAAAGGGGACAUCGGUAAAGAGAUGUACAUCAUCAAAAGUGGAGCGGUGCAGGUGGUGGGAGGACCCGACAACAGUAUCGUGUUUGUCACUCUGAAGGCUGGAUGUGUGUUUGGAGAAAUCAGUCUGUUGCAGUCAUCCAAAGAUGGAGGGAACAGGCGCACAGCUAACGUCAAAGCCUACGGCUUCGCUAACCUCUUUGUCCUGGAGAAGAAAGACCUGUUUGACAUCCUGGUCCACUACCCAGAGUCUCAGAAAGUGUUGGCCAGGAAGGGCAAGAAACUCAUGAAGGCAAAGGGUCCAGGAGCAGCUAAAGCAGAAGAGGAAAAGAAGAAAGGGCUGGCGCUGUUCGGACCCAAACCGCCCACUCCCAAACUGCUGCGUGCUUUCGGUGGAAACUUGAACAAGACCUUUGUUCAAAAAAUGAAGGCUGCUGCUGCUGGCCAGUGAGGAUUGCAGUGUGUGUAUUCUUCUUUAUAACUCCUUUUUGGGAGUGAAUGUACAGUUUUCUUUUCAAUCUCUUCUCAAAAAUCUUUUGUACUGAUUGUGUAUUGUGUCAUUUUCAGAUGUUGUUGUUUAUUUUAAACAAAUGCUCCUGUUAUUUCAAACAUUUGGUUUGACAUCCUUAGACCACUAAGACAGCAAGCAGAUUUAAACACGAAAAACUCAUAUUUUCAAACUAUUUUGUUGUGAUGUGCAAUAUAUGUGUGUGAAUCUCACACCUCGUGGAUUCUGCUUGUUGCGUAUUUUUCUGCCUCUCCACCU